AUGCUCGCUUAGUCAUAGCAAAGCUGAUGAAAUUUUGUAGGUUGCGCGUGCGAACGAUUAAACUAGUUAUUUCGUGGAGUUUCCAAUUAACAAACCAUAAUAACCUAGUUAUAACGUAGAAGGAGUAAAUGGUUAAACAAUAUGUCUGCUAGCAUCUCAGAAAAACCGAAACCAGUCUAUAGCUACCUCGAGCACCCGCUAUUUCCCGAGGGCUAUCCCUUGAUCCCUGGUUGCACGCAAGAGAUAUUCGACUCUGCUCUGGCCUACGAGCCUGAUUCGUCCGACAUUUUUGUGGUCACCUAUCCCAAGUGUGGCACAACAUGGAUGCUAAAUAUACUGUACCUCAUCGAGCAUGGAGGCAAAAUGAUCGGUAGCGACGAUAACCUCAAUUUCCACUACCCCUUUAUAGAAUUAGUUGGCGGGGACAAGGUGCAAGAGUUUAAACCUCCCAGGGUUAUUAAAACUCACUUGGACGACCGAAUGAUUAAGCACAAAGAAGGAGUCAAAUGCAUUUUCGUAGCACGUAACCCGAAAGAUUGCGUUGUUUCAUUUUUCCACGCCACGCAUGACUUUCAUAAUUUGUACAAGUAUGAAGGUGGGAAGUUCGACGAUUACUUUAAGAUUUUCAUGCAGGGCAGAGUUGAUUGGGGUGAUUACUUCGUGAUGGUGCCAAGAUGGCACGAGAAAAGCUUGAGGGAGAAAGAUGUUCAUUUCAUGCUUUACGAAGACAUGAAAAAUGAUCCCAAAAUGGAAAUUGAAAAGCUAGCCGACUUCUUGGGACCGAAAUGGUCAGAUUCAAUCAAGCGUGAAGGGGUUUUAGAAAACGUCAUUAAGAACUCUUCUUUCAAAGCAAUGAAGUCUAAUCCAUUGAAAUAUUGCAUCACUAUUGCUCCCAAGGACCUAAAAUUUAUGAGGAAGGGGGUGGUAGGUGAUUGGAGAAAUACGUUGUCGGAGGAACAGAGUCGAGAAAUUGACGAAAAGAUGAAAACAGUUGGAAAGGACUAUCCAGGGUUCGAUAAGAUCUGGGAAAAAUAUCCAGAUCUUUUGUAAGCCAAAGAGAUAUUGUUACAUCUUAAUUUUCUCUGUAGUAGUUUGUUUAUGUCCCCUAAUUCAAUUUCUAAUGAAGUGAGUUUUUAUGUGCUGUGUGAUGUCAGAAAUACGUCACGGCAGAUUGUUCCCAACUCUUUUUAUCUGUCCUUUUUCUGUCAUGUCUCAGUCCAAUUGUGCUGCAGGAUUUUAUCUAAGUGGCCUUAAACUUGUUUGGUAUGUGUUUCAGUAUAAUUGAUAGUUUGUAAAACUGUACGCCCUGUGUGUGUGUAUCAAGAAAAAACAAACCAAUAUUGGCAAGGGCUGACUUUUCUGUCAAUAAAUAAUUAAACUGAACUUA